AUGGCAGAGAGAUCCAAUAGUCCAAAAUUCGAGAGACCCGAAGUGGUUCUAACAGACAUAGAUGACGAAGGCCAGGACCAGCAUUUACCCCCUCCUGGACCUUCUACUAGAUCCCAGAGUAAGAGAAAAACAGCAUGGUACAGUUACACUUUCAACAUGUCUGACACAGAACUAAAGGCACAGUUAGAGGAACUUAUUGCCAAAAAUAGAAUUUUAGAUUCUCAACUCAAAGCACAAUCAGAACCCAAACCUGGGACAUCCUACGAACAGGCCAAUAACAACAGCCAGUCUACACAUUUUAUACAGCGAACUGAUUUCUUUUUCUAUUGUUCCAGCAUCGCGACGAAAACGUCUCAACCCUUCCACGUGGCCCUGGCCAUCGCAGUACUGGUGUUCUGGCUGAGCAGUCCCGGGUCGGACUCGAGUCUUCGUGGGUGGCGAGCGCUCUACGUCGGCGCCGUCGCUACGCACCUCGGCGCGCAAGUGUGGAUGACGCUCGUGUCAGGCAUAGUGCUGUACUUCUCGCUGCCCCGUCAUGAGUUCGGACGAGUGCAGACGGUUCUGUUCCCGACGUACUACGCCUUUAACGCGGGCAUCUCCAUGCUGGCUCUUCUCUCGUACUUCCGCAUGCAGUGCCUGACGAAAUUCGCGUAUACUUCGUAUGCACAGUUCGCGCUGUUGCUAGCCGUAUUCAGCAUCGAGGCGUAUGUGCGCCUGCGCCUCGUCAGCCCCAUGCUGCGCGCCAAGCACAUCAAGACGCAGAUGGAAGAAGUCGCUGGUGGUGGACAAGAGGUCGGUCGCCUAAUCUUAGGCGAGCUCGCACACUGUCCCCGCUACCUGCGCGUCCUCAGGACCUUCAGAAUGUACCACUCCUCCAUCGCCAUGGGCACCAUGAUCGCUCUCGGAUGCUCCGUCUACUCCACCAUGAUCAUCGUGGACGCCAUGUGCCAUUAGGCACUGGCUCUACGCCGUAUUCAAGUGCCAUUGAAUACCUUGAUGAUUCAAGAUUCAAGAGUAAAUCACAUUGUGGGCAGCAGUCCUACAGAGAUGUAAAUGCAGCUUCUUGAAUAAUUUCAUUGUUGCAAAUUCCCGAAGAUGAAAAUAAGGGUUUUGGACGGCCUUCCCUUGGUAUGCAGUUAAGCGUGCGUUUCAUUGUUACGACUUUAAAUUUUAAACUGCAUAAAAAUUAACAUUAGACCACCAACGUCUGUCAGACUUGUUCACAUGCAAUAACUUGUAGAAUAAUUAGUGAUUAUUCUAAUUAACAGUAUUUGUAUGUAUCAAUUUAUAUCUGUGUGAGAAUUAUAUGAUUUCGGAAGAUUUUUCAGGCUGUGAGGUCUGUUUGCCUGGGAGCAUUCCGCAAGUAAAAGUUAUAUUACCCCCGAGAAUGUUUUCAGGCAAUAAUAAAUUGUAUUUAUUUAGUAUAAUAAUUAGUUUAAGUAUAAAAGAAGUGAUAAUUUGUGAACAUUGGUUAUACGCAUUGCGCUGGACGCACACUUUAUUAGACAAGAAAUUAUAGAAAAAUAUAUCAAUUUUUUAUUUAAGAAUUAGUUGAUAGGAAACUUGGUCGUAAAGACUAAUGUCUAACGAAUAUAUAGGAUAGGCUACAUUGAUGUAUAAUAAUCUGUAGCUUUAUUGGCCUUCAAAUUGUAUUAUUGUCAAGUCAAUGGUGGUUACUGGCGUAGAAUUCAACGCAAGAGACAAACGUGUGUCUUCUCUGAUCAUUCCUAGCCCUGAUCAGCAACUAGGGCUUCGUUAAAAUCAAGCUACCUUACCCCAGUUCCACCUCUGAAUAAUCUUGACGUUUUGGCCAAUUAGAUAGACUAAAAUUGUAAUAACCACACUAAGUGUUUAUAAUGCAAUAGAUUUAGACAUUUUUAAACUAUUCGAAUACGCAUUCCCGCUAAGGUCACUAAGCAUAAAAAUAAAUCAAUUGCAUUAUAAAUACCUAAAUUAUUUACUUAUGUAACUUUGGCAUUUACGGAUCUUGCCAGUCCAACUAGUUAGUAAGUAGUAUUUAAUUAAUAAGAGUCGCUUGUAAUACGCAAUUAAUUCUAACGAGCGACCGCAGCCAGCCCAUCUUUAAGCUGCUUGAUUGCGAAGAAACUCAUGUUGUCUGCUCUCUAAUUUCCUGCAAUACUGCCAUAUGAUAGAUAUAGUGUAGUAUUAAGUAGUUGUAGUAGAUUCUUGUGAGCGCUUUUUUCAGCAAUUAUCGUAAAACUCCUUAAUCGCAGGAAGUUACGAGGCUAGCAACGUACGCACGCGUGCAUUGCACGUGCGGCCAACGCGUCUCUACUCUGAAUGUGAAUGAUAUCUUCAGAGAAAUUAUAAUUUUGCGUUGUUAAUUUCUUUGUCGAUUUUAGUUAAUGCGUAGCAAAUAAUGUUAAUGUCUCGGCCUGCCGCCAGGCGACGACUAAUCGCACGCAUUUUGUCGCGCAUCGAAGUUAUAACGGAAUCGAGGCUUAAGCCUUGUCAAGCAGCUUACCCUUCAUUGAAAACGGGCGCUAUUGGCAAAUAUUAUUGAAUAAUUAGUAUUAAGAGAUAAUUUUAAUGAUUACAGCAAAUAUUUAUGUGAUUAAUAAAUUAGUUCUAGUUAAAUAUUAGUAUUUUUUGUAUUAUCCACAAUGAUCUGAAUGAUAUUUUGAGCAAGAAUUUAUUUAUUCGUGAAUGGAACGGAAGGUUACUGUUAGAAAAAUACAUAACUACCAACCACAUUA